AGUCAGACCGAGGACCAAUUUUAGUGUAACUACUUCCGGUCCCUUCGUUUAAUCCAUCCCCCUUUUCACACGUGAAAGCAUCAUGGCUUUUCUUUUUAUUGCGAAUUUGAAAAAUUAAGACAACAUAAAUAUAUAUUAGUCGACAUGGAUCUCGCCUCUAAAGAUUCGUACAUCCAGAAGCUGACGAGUAAAUUUUUAAACCAAGGCGUGCAGGAACCAAAGAAAAAGACAUUUGUUCAUUUUAACGCCAAGAAAAAUGUUGGCCCUGCACAGAAGAAGAAGAAAAAGAGCCAACAAUCACAAGAUGGUAGAAAUAACAAUAAUAAUAAUCGAAACCAGAGGAAGAAGAAGAAGCACAUUCCUGCACCUCAAACAAAGUCCAGUCCAGCGGCACACAACGGUGGGCAAAAAAUAAACAAAACUACACAACAGACUUCAGACAAAGGAGGAGAUGUGAUGACCAACUUCUCCACAGUUGAUAUUCUCCGUAAGAGGCUGCAUGAAAAGAUCGAAGAGGCUAGAGGACAGGGAGCCCCAAAGGACUCGUUGUCCGAAGAAGUCCAAGCCAAGCGAGCCAAGCGGAAAAUGGACCGCGAGCGCAAGAAGAGGAAGAAGAAGGAGUUCCGUAUGAAGAAACUGGCAGAAGCCGCAGUGCAAAACCAGCAGCCGGAGGUUAAACAGGAAGAAGAGGAAGCGCCGGCUGUGAGCAAAAGACAAGAGACGGCCAUCGUCUUCAACACGGUGGAAACGGUGAAGAAGGAGUACGUGGACAAAGCGCUGAAGCAGAAGACCAAGAAGCAGCGCCUCAAGGGUCAGAUCACGCCGCUGUCGGGCAAGAAUUACAAGCAACUGCUGAGCCGCGUGGAGGCGCGCAAAGACAAGCUGGAGAAGCUGAGGGAGAAAGACGAGGGCAAAGCCCGCGACAUGGAGGUGAAGAUGAAGUGGACCAACAUGCUCUACAAGGCCGAGGGUGUCAAGAUCAAGGACGACGAGAACAUGCUGCGCGCUGCUUUGGCCAGGAAGGAGAAGAAGCGCGCUCAGAGGAAGAAGCAGUGGGACCAGCGGAGCGAGGCAGUUGUGGGGAAGAUGCAGAAGAGGCAGGACAAGCGGCGGAGGAACAUCCGGAAGCGGAACGACCAGAAGGCGGAUAAGAAGGCGGCCAACGCCAGGAAGAAAGGGAGGGUUCUAUCUCAGGACUUGAAAUAAGCUUGUUUUUUGCAGUGCGACUUAUGGAAAUAAUACUUAAUGUGAUUUCAAAGUAUUAAAUGGUUAUUGUAAAAACAUAUUACAUAUUUUACCAAAAUGAUCCAAGAAGCUGAAAUAUGACAAAAAACUAAACACUGUGGUUUUGGGCUACAUAUUACCUUAGGCCAGGGGUCGGCAACUCAAAAUGUUGAAAGAGCGAUUUUGGUCCCAAAAAAAAAAAAGGUUUGGAGCCACACAAAAUGAAAAGCCUUCUAUAAGUGAUAUAAUGAAGUCAGCACAUGAUGUACGUGUCUGUAUUAGUUGUAUUAGCCUACUAUCAAAAUGACUUUAAAAGUCUUAUACAAGUGUUAUAAUGAAGACAACACAUGAUUUAAGUGUCCAUAUUAGCCUAUUUUUAUUUUUACAACAUUGGAAAACAUUAGUAAACCUUCUCAGAAGGUGAGAUAACUACUCUAAAUGACUGUCUUGGAAUGGCCAAAGGUAUAGAUGUGAGUGUCCAAGUUAAAGGAAAUGGCGGGCUGUCUUCUUCUAAUUAAUUUAUUAGAAUCUAUGCAAGCUGGGUAACGUUUGCUGUGGUCUGGAACAACAUGGCACACAAACAACUAUCAGAAAUGCAGCCAAUAUUACAUACAGAUAAUGUGUCAUGAGAAAUGUAGAUAAAAAUUAAAUACACAGAGGACAUAAGUAAAGGAAAUUAAAUGAGCUCAAAUAUACCUCCCAAGUGAGGCAUAAUGAUGCAAUAUGUACAUAAAGCCAGCCUAAAUAGCAUGUUAGCAUCGAUUAGCUUGCAGUCAUGCAGUGACCAAAUAUGCGUGAUAAACACUCCACAGAAGUCAAUAACAUCAACAAAGCUCACUUUUGUGCAUUCACGCACAGAAUAAAACGUUUGGUGGACAAAAUGAGACAAAGAAGGAGUGGCAUAAAAUAUGUAUUUCUCUGGCAUGUUAAAGAAAGUUUAACAUGAAGAAAGAGUUCAAGGACCGCCAAAAUUAGGACAAAACGGCGCUCGCCAAAUACUUUCAUCAGAGAAUCAUGUUUAAUAUAAACUGUGGGAUUUCUAACAAUUAGGGAGGAUUGUGUCAUGUUGUCCUCCUACAGAAACCCUAUUAAAACAAAAAUAUAUAUUUCCCCCCCCCCCCAUCUUUUUUUAUUUUCAUACAUUUUUGAAAAAGCUCCAGGGAGCCAGUAGGGCAGGGCUAAAGAGCCCACAUGCAGGUAGCAGACCCCUGCCUUAGGCUAAUUAGCUGCUGUGCUAAUCUAACAGAAAGCUAUUUCAAGAAGAUAUCUAUCUCCCCUGAUAUUUCUGUUCAUUAUCACAGAACAACAAUGAAAAACAUACACAUUUGAGAUCGAAUAAGUUAAACUAUUAACAAUUCUGUUUUUUUAAGUG